AUGGAGGAUACGAAAUUAGACAGCAGUGUGUCAAACACAGCCGCGAACGACAGUCGGGAGCUGGACCACCAGAAAAGGACGAAAAUUACGGAGAAAAGAAGAGAAGAUAGCGAAACGGAUGAAGAGUAUGAUAGAGAAGGAGUGAGGAUGGGAGAAGGGGAGGAAGAGAAAGACGGGGAGGAUGAUGCUGAGGAAAAGGACGGUGUUGAUGGUGAAAGACUUUUUGAGUUGAACGAGGUGAAGGAUUUUUGA